AUGUCGGACUCGUCAUCGGACUCCGACAGGAAGGUCGGAGGGAUUGAUAUAGAGGAGCCCAACGCCAACCACCCGGACAACGUAGCUUCUCCAAACACCACGGAUCGGGAAGUUCAGGAAUUCUUGGACAGCUUGCCCGACGUGCCCUCUCCUCCCGAGUAUCUUAGCACUCCGAGUCCCGUCAGCGAGGAUCCAAGCGCACCCGAAUAUUUCCUCCGGGCCGAAAUUUGCGAGGCGUUUAUCACGUAUUACAACAUCGAUUACCUCAGGCUCUACCCUGACCGGUGUGACUCUGCUACUCGUACGCCUUGGCAAGGCAUCUGGUGUGACGACGACCUCAUCGACGAGCUGUACCAUCGCAUCACCUGCUUUGUCGAAGACAUGAUCUGUAUCGAGUUCAACAAGCCACCGGACCAGCAAACUCUGACCAACGAUCACCUCAACGACUGGAUGGACAUCAUCGUCUCGCGCAGCGUUCACGAGAUUCGCGAGGCAGGUCACAACGUCGGGUGCCUCAUCACUGACGAUCCCUUCUCGGGAUUCAGAUGCCUCUACCGCAGACUCAUGGACUAUGUUGAGAAUGAGGCUGUGGCAUACAAUCUCCCCAACAUGUCACGUCCACCGACCCCGGAAUCGACGGAUUCGGGCAACAGCCUUUAUAUCUCCCAACCCACGCGUGUCGACGAUCAAGAGCCGGACUCGGAUGAAGACACUUAA